AUGAAAGACCCUAAAUUGAAGAUUGAAAAAGCCCUAGGUCGUCGAAUCUCUUCCUCCUCCCCCUCCUCUGUCAUUGUCAAGCCCAAGGUCAUCGAAUCAAUUGGUGCUGAGUUUGUGUUUGCGAAGCAGCCAAUGGAGAUCUUUUCUUGCACAGAGAAAAAGGUUUCCUUUCAGUUUCUUAUUCCCUUUUUAAAGGUAUACAUAGUAUAUUUUGGUGAGCACAAAGGAGACAAAACAUUGCACGAAAUCGAAGAGACACAUCUCUCAUAUCUAUUAUCAGUGACAGAGGAGGAAGAAGCAAGAGCUUGUCUUCUUUAUAGUUACAAGCAUAGCAUCAAUGGCUUUGCUGCAUUCCUCACCCCAUAUGAGGUUUCCAAGCUAUCUGAAUUGGAAGAAGUUGUAUCUGUGUUUGAAAGCCACCCAACAGAAUAUUCUUUACAGACUACAAGGUCGUGGAAAUUCUUAGGAUUACAAGACGAGGACGUGUAUAGUUCGAACCAAUUUAGCAUUGCAAAAGAAACGCUCAAAAGAGCUGAAUACGGCAAGAAUGUCAUUGUUGGGAUCAUAGAUAGUGGUAUUUGGCCAGAAUCAAAGAGCUUCAGUGCUGAAGGGAUGGAUUCUGUUCCAGAAUUUUGGAAGGGAAAAUGCCAAACAGAAAAUGAUUUUGAUUCCUCACAUUGUAACAGAAAAAUCAUUGGAGCCAAGUACUACCUUGAAAAUUUUGAGAAAAAGUAUGGCUCACUAAAUAUCUCAGAAGACAGUCGGUCACCACGUGACGUGAAUGGUCAUGGAACCCAUAUGGCUUCAAUCGUUGCAGGCAAGAGUAUUGAGGGUGCAACCGACAUAGGUGGAUUCGCAAUUGGUACUGCCUCUGGUGGAGCACCAAUGGCGCAUUUGGCCAUAUAUAAAGUGUGUUGGACUACGCCUAAAAAAGUAAAAGGCAACCAACAAACUUGUUUUCCAGCUGACAUUUUAGCUGCAUUCGAUGAUGCCAUUGCAAAUGGUGUUCAUGUUCUAAGCAUUUCAAUGUCGGGGAAAACCAUAAAACGUUAUGAUGAAGACACUUUGGCUAUUGGUUCACUUCACGCAGUGAAGAAUGAUAUUCUGGUGGUGUCUUCUGCUGGGAACCUUGGCCCUACUAAGGAGACAGUAACAAAUGUCAUGCCUUGGGUUAUCACUGUGGGUGCUAGCACCAUAGAUCGAUUGUUUUUCAGAAACCUUACCCUCGGAAAUGGUGUGCAAAUCAUGGGGCAAACUGUGACUCCGCACGAGUUGGAAAAUAUGCACCCAUUAGUACAUGCAAAAGAUGUUGAAGAUCACGAUGCAAAAGGUCAAUGCCUUGAUGGUUCCCUUUCACAUCAAAAGGUUAAUAACAAGAUGGUGUUAUGCAUUAGUGGACUGGGACGAAUGACUGGAAAAUGUGCGGAGGUGAAAAGAGCCGGUGGUGUUGGUUGUAUCUUACAAAAUGAUGAAACAAUGGGUGAAGAAGUAGAAGUCGAUGCUCAUUUACUUCCAGCAACUACAUUGACUCAUUCUGAUGCAACGAAAGUUUUAUCAUACAUUGAUUCUACUAAAAAUCCCAUGGCCGAAAUUGGAGUUGCAAAGACAGUGUUAGGCAUCCGACCUGCACCAUCAAUAACUGGUUUCACAGGCAGAGGUCCAAGUAUCAUCGAUCCUAAUAUCCUCAAGCCGGAUAUUGUCGCUCCAGGUUUGAAUAUAUUAGGAGCAUGGAGUGACGCAUCAGCUCCUACAAGAGAACCGAAUGAUCAUCGUAAGACCAAAUAUAAUAUUCGUACUGGGAGUUCCAUAGCUGUCCCUCAUGUGGCAGCCGUAGCUGCCCUUCUUAAAGCAAUAUAUCCUACUUGGAGUAGCGCUGCAAUAAAAUCUGCUCUCAUGACUACAGCCUCAAUGAGAAACGAUGUGGGUUCAUUCUUAACCGAUUAUGAUGGUCAUCAUGCAACUCCCUUCGCAUUUGGUUCUGGUCAGUUGAGACCAACAAAGGCAAUGAAUCCUGGUUUAGUAUACGAUGCUUCCUACAAAGAUUACCUCAUCUACCUUUGUAGCGGAGGACAUGAAAAAAUGGGCGCAAUGAGCGUACUGGACCCAACAUUCGAGUGUCCAGGGACAUCAAUUCCAUUAUACGAUCUCAAUUAUCCAUCACUAGCUCUCCCAAAUAUAAAUGGCCCUGUAAUAGUUCAAAGGACCGUCACCAAUGUAGGAAAACCAUAUAGUACUUACGUAUUCCACAGCGAACAACUAAUGGGAUUCGAUGUGGCAGCCAUCCCCGAUACUCUAUCCUUCAGAGGGAUUGGUCAGAAGAAAAUGUUUAUCAUUACAGUGACCCCAAAAGACGAGAAUAGGGAGUUUCCUAAAGGUGAUUACGCCUUCGGGUGGUACACUUGGACUGAUAAACGUAAUGACUUCGAGGUGAGAAGUCCUAUGGUAGUCUCUUUAGCAUAAUAUAUGAACUCUUGUUGAAGGCUUUUUGUCAUUUA